CCCCCCCCACGCAGCUUAACUACUGUGGUGUGGAUUAGAAAUCUAAUACAGUGACCUCCAAAACGUGCUGUGGAGGUUGCUUAACGGGAGGACUGCAGGAAGGAAAUCUCAACUCUUGUUACCUGUGCUAAACUGCCCAGCAUGGUUCACUUCUGAUGCAUCUGGAAUUGCCUCAGGUGCUGCCCAAGAAGUAGGGGAAUAGAACUUAGCCAUCUGGAUUUAAGAAGCUGCAAAAACCAUGUCUCUUCCCCGACAGCUGCGAGAAAAGAGUGAUUUUGACCAGCUCCCAGAUGAUGUGCCUGUUUCAGCUAACAUUGCAGAUAUUGAAGAGAAGAAAGGCUUUACUAGUUACUAUAUGUUUGUCAUUGAAGUAAAGCUUAAAGGUGGUGGCAGAUACCUGAUUUUCCGACGCUAUCGUCAGUUUUAUGCCUUGCAUACCAAACUAGAAGAGAGAUACGGGGCAGAGAGCAAAACCAGCCCUUUUACCUGCACACUCCCUGUAUUGCCUGGAAAAGUUUUUGUUGGGGGUAAAAAGGAAAUUGCUGAGAACAGGAUUCCUAUCCUAAAUGUCUACAUAAAGAACCUGCUCUGCCUACCAGUCUGGGUGCUGAUGGAUGAAGACGUACGGCUGUUCUUCUAUCACUCACCCUUUGAUAGUGAACAGGUGCCUCACGGACUGAGACGGCUUCGCCCACGGACACGCCGAGUCAAAAGCAUUUCACCUCAAGUGCCUAUUUCUGACCGCACAGCAGCUCCACGGGCUGAGGCACUGUUUGAUUUUUCUGGAACCAAUAAACUAGAACUCAGCUUCAAGAAGGGAGACUUGAUCUAUCUGCUUGGAAGAGUAAAUAAAGACUGGUUGGAGGGAACAGCUGAUAAUGCCACUGGGAUUUUCCCAUGUGCUUUUGUGAAGAUCAUAAAAGAUUUACCACAGCAGGAAGACACAGUUAAUAAAGUUCGCUGCUAUUACCAUGAUGAAACUGUGAGCACUAUCAGAGAUAUCCCAGUGGAAGAGGAUCUGAGCAGCAUUCCAUCAUUCAAAGAUCUCAUGGAACUCAUUAGGAGGGAGUUUGACCAAGAUGACAUUGUUUUGAACUACCAAGACCUUGAUGGUGAUCUGGUCCGGUUACUCUCCGAUCAGGAUGUUGAACUCAUGGUGUCUCAGAGCAGAAGAAGGCCCUCUGAGAAGCAUUUCUUCCCUUGGAAGUUGCACAUCACUCACAAAGAUGACUUGGGUGUUUACAACACUAGUCCUGAAAUAUUUGCUACCCCAACAGUAAAAGCAACAUAAGUACUACAUAGAAAGGGUGCGGCAGGCAGCUAUAAAGUCCUUCCAUUAUGCCUCUCUGCAGGCAGUUUCCUUUAGCAAGCCUUUUGAAGUGAGUUUGAAAGGAGUGAUUUUUAGUCAUAUAUUACCUUUUUAUAUAAAAUCUGUAUUUAAACUUCUUCAGCAUUUAAGCAGUCCUCUGUAAAAGAGACAUCUACAUGUAGACCAGGGAAAGAGAGGGAACAGAGAACCGAAAUCACUGGCCUCAUUCACAGAGAAAGUCAAUGUUUUAGAUUUUACACUUUCAGUGUCCCAAGACCCCAGACUUUCUCUAAUCAAUAUUGUUGCCACUGGAAUUAUUUGUCCAGAAUGUUUUCACAAGCUUUUUUUAUAGACUGCCAUAAUUUUAUCUUCACUUGCUGAUAUGAAAAAUCAUGUGCCAGUGCUUAUAAAUUCAUAUUACUUCUAUCCUGGCGGAGUCUAACAGGGCAUUCAGAAUUCCUUCUGGAAGCAUCAAGAAAAUGUUUCCAUAUUUUAGUAAAGAAAUUGCAUUUUUUUUCU